AUGGAAGGAUGGGAUCCGAGCACGAAGUCGACGUUGAAGCAGAUUCCGCUACUGACGACAAAGGCGGGGCCAAGAGACGGCGAGGCAUGGACGCAGAGGCUGAAAGAAGAAUACAAGUCUUUGAUUGCGUAUACACAGAUGAACAAGUCCAACGACAACGACUGGUUCCGUAUCUCCGCCUCUAACCCUGAUGGUACGCGUUGGACUGGAAAGUGUUGGUAUGUUCAUAACCUCCUCAAAUAUGAAUUCGAUCUCCAGUUCGAUAUCCCUAUCACCUACCCAGCCACUGCUCCCGAGCUUGAGUUGCCUCAGAUUGACGGCAAGACCCAGAAGAUGUAUCGAGGUGGGAAGAUAUGCCUCACUGUUCAUUUCAAGCCUCUCUGGGCCAAAAACUGUCCUCGGUUUGGUAUAGCACAUGCUCUUUGUUUGGGGCUCGCACCAUGGCUUGCUGCAGAGAUUCCAAUUCUUGUCGACUCGGGCAUGAUUAAGCACAAAGAUGACGCAGCCUCUUCUGUCGAAUCUUAG